AUGGCUCUCAAACCCGGCGAUUCCUUCCCUUCCGAUGUUGUCUUCCAGUACAUCCCCUGGAGCGAAGAAAAGGGCGACAUCACCGCAUGUGGCAUCCCCAUCAACUACAACGCUUCGAAAGAAUGGGCCGAUAAGAAGGUCGUCCUGUUCUCUGUUCCCGGUGCCUUCACCCCCACCUGCUCCAUCAACCAUGUCCCCGGCUACAUCCAGAACCUUCCUCAGCUGAAGGAGAAGGGCGUGCAGGUUGUCGCAGUCAUCGCCUCCAACGAUCCUUUUGUCAUGAGCGCCUGGGGAAAGGCGAACAAUGUUAAGAAUGAUGAUAUUCUUUUCCUGACUGAUCCCGAUGCCCGCUUCGCCAACACCCUUGGCUGGGCCAACGCUGGUCGUACCGGGCGCUUCGCCAUUGUCAUUGACCAUGGCAAGGUGACCUAUGCGCAGAUUGAGACGGAGAAGGGUGCUGUUAAGGUCUCGGGCGCUGAUGCUAUCCUGGCAAAUCUGUGA